AUGCUGGCGUUGAACACUCUUACUGGUGGGCAGAAAGCUCAGUUGCGGAACGCUUUCACUCUCAUAGACGGCGAAUCGCGCGACUCUCUCAUCACCAAGUUGGAUCUAGUCAAGUUGUAUACGACUUUGGGACUCAAGAUUCCCACAGAUGAGGAGUUAGCUUCUAUGCUAUCGCUUGCUAGUGACAAUUCAGAACAAGGAAAAGAGCCUGGGUUGAAUUUCACCCAGUUUCUGAACAUAAUGGCCAAGGAGCUUCUGAAGUUGGAAGAUAGAACAACCAUAUAUAAAGCAUUGAAGGUAUUUGAGAAUGAAAAGGCAGUGGGAGACAAUCGCUACGAUGAUAUUGAGAUCGAGCUCGAGAAGAUUAAAGACGCCUGUUGUACUGUGCAACUAGGCGAGAUCGGAUCCGGAGACCACAGAUUGUCACGUUCUAAAUUCGACGAGAUGGUCGCUGGAUUUGUCAAGGGACAAAUGGACGGAAGGCAGAUCUUCCAGGCUUCCAAAUGGAUAGAAGCUUACAUUGACUAA